AGAAAAUAUGUUUGUACGCUUUCGGAUGAGAUGGAGCUAAUAUUUUCAUAAUAGAAAAAAGAUUUUAGGAAAAUUAUGGAUUACCCUUCAAAAAUGGUGGAGAGCAAGCAAGUACGAGUGGACAACUGGGGGAUCUUCUUCCUCCAACGCCUCCAGGUGUUCUUUAGCAAAACUGAUUACUGUGAUUUAACUUUACAAUUUGAGGGAAAUGUCCAGCUAAAAGUACAUCGGCUUGUCAUGUGUGCCUGUACAGAAUAUUUCACUUAUUUGGAACAGUCGUGCCCAGCUCUAGAAGAGAACACUAUAAUGAUGCCAUCAGACCUCCAGGCAGACGUGAUUGUCCCCAUUGUUAAUUUCAUGUAUACGGGCAUGCUAGAAUUUCACAUGUCAAUAUUUGAUAGACUAUAUAAAGCCGCAGAGUUGAUGAACAUAACCGUCCUAACAAAAUUACUGGACGCCCAGAAGGUCCAUCCGAAUUAUAAAUCAUUGAAGAAAAAGCCCGAAUCGCCACAUAUAUGGAAUUUACAGGGGCCGAAGGUAUCCCCUAAAGUACCAAAAACUCCAGAAUUACCACCUACUCUACCAGGCAGAAAAUUACCCGUUUGGAAAAGGAAGAAUGUUCCUUCGGUACCCAUGCAACAUCCCACGUCGACGUUGCAGUUUUCAGAACAUAGAUUUCCUCAAGAUCCCCUAUCAGUGCCUGACAGUACCCCGAAGCCUACGAGGUUCGAGUGGCCAGAUGACGACUUGCCUCAAAUCAGUUUGAUGGAUACUAGUUUCGAAGAGAUCUCGUACACCAGUAAGCCGUUGUUAACGCAAGAAGAGGAAAUCAGAGCUAGUACGUCUUUUGACGACAGGAGAAGCGCUAGUAGUGACCAAAAUAAAGAUGACGAAUACAGCGACUUUUCUCAACAAAAGAGAAAGUUGGAUCAGAGCACCGAAAAAUCGUCUCCGAAAAGAGUGAAGUUGAACGACAAAGAAAAUAAAGAAGCGACAAUAAGCAUAAAAAGUAGUAACGGUGCGGAUUUGGAUCACACAAAGAUAGUAUCCGAGAUACUAAAGAAAUAUCCGCAGUUAGUCAAAAAGAACAAGAAUAUACGGCUGAAAAUCAUGGCGAGCGGGAAUAAAACCGUCGUGGAGCAAACGGUUCACGCUCCCGUUAAAACCCCUAAAAUGAAAGUCCAGGUGGAGGCCGCCAAAUCUAAAGUCGUGAAACCGGCCCAGAAGCCCAAAUUGGAGAAACGCCCUGCCUCUGAAGAAGGCCCCUGGGUCUGCAACAAAUGCGACGAAACGGGAGAGUCCACGCAAGAGUUCGUGUUGUAUUACCUCUACCGCAAGCACAUGACGGAUGUGCACAAUGAGACCUUCGACGCUCGCCUUUGCAAGUACUGCGGCCAGUGGUGCGGCAAACAUAACCUGAUGAUGUACCACUUGUACACGAAACACGGCCUGAAACCCCCGACCACCUAUAAUUUCCCGAAAUGCGACCAGUGCCCGUAUAUAGCCCUGUCGGCUCAGAAGCUGACGCAACACAAGCUGCACCACGACCCGGACGAAAUGCAGUGCGUCGACUGUCACCUAGCCUUCACGUCGAAACAGACCCUGACCUCGCACGUCCAGAUAACGGGUCACCUGAACCGCAACGGUAACACCAGCCACGAUUGCCAGUACUGCACGAAACGUCUUCAGUCCGCCAUCAAUUUAUUCUCGCACAUCAAGAAUUCCCACCUGAAGGAGGCCAAGAGGGACGGGAUAGUUAUCCUGGACGAGGCGGACGACGUAGAAAACGAAAUCGAGGAGGAGGAGGUCGCCGUGCCGAAAGACAAGGUGAAGAUAAUAUCGAACGUUAAGGUUCCCGUUCGUUCCGAGCAGAACAACGCUAGCACCCAGCAGGUGGCUCAGAUGGAAGCUAGCUCGGAAGCCGAGGCGCUCAGCAACGUAGCCAGCGGUAUCGCGACCAGCUUGGGCCUGGUGGACAUCGUCGUUCUAGACGACAACCAACAGUACAUCCUCCAGCAGCAAGAAGACCACACCGGCCAACCGGAAUUUAUCAUACCGGACCUCACCACGGGCGAGAAUCACUUCGCCGGGCAGGUCAUUACGACCCAACACAGCGCGGUACUUCCGCAAAGCAUGUUGCAGUCUACGGGUCCCGACAUCAGCUCGACGGACGAGUUAGUGAUGGUCCUGACGGAUCACGAUUACCAGGACGAGCAGGAGGGCUCGACGACGGACAAUUCGAAUAUAGUCGUGUUGUACAGCCAUCCCGUCGACGGGCAGCAAGGCCAGUUCAUAACGUCUCAGGGCAAUCUCUUGGUGAAUUCUCAAACGGGCAUGCUGGAGAUUCGGAACGAAGCGAUUACCACGACGGCGACUAACCAGAUGGUCGUCAACACCGUGGAUACCGCGGAAUCCAUCGAAUCGAUACAGAGGGAAAUUCAAAGCCAUAAUAUGAAGCAGGAGCCGUACUACGAGGAAGAAACGAAAGCAAACGCAGCCCCGGUUCCCCAACCCGACGUGGAACCAACGGAAUCGCAACAACUGCCGCAGAGCGAGGAAACGGAACCGACGGUGGUCAGAAACGUUGACCGAGGUACCACCACCGAAAAUCUACCAGUAGAUGGCUACCAAGAGGAGGAAACACCUACCGAGCCCGUCGAAGAACGAGAGGAAGCGCCUAAGGAAGUGGAGAAGGAAAGUAACGAAGCGACUGAAGAACCUGCUAAUACCGAAGGGGAAACCGCGGUUAAAGAACCGGAAAACAGCGAUAACGUUGACGCUGCGACUGUUGCUUUGGAAGAACCCAUGGAAACCGAGGAAAUACCACAACCGGUCCCUGAGGAUAGCUCCGAUGACAAGCAAUCGCCUGAUCAGGAUUCCGUUCAGGAAGCGGCCGCCGAAGAACCAGAACCGGAAGAAACUCAAGCGCCGCCUCAAGAAAUCAACGCCACGGGUGAUACGGAGGGUACCGAAGGCAUAGAUGUCCCUCCCACAGAGAAGAGGGAUCGCGUGGGGGUCGACUCAAUGUGUGAACCGACGGAACAUUUCGUUUUCAACGACCCGAGUAAAGUGAGCUUCGAGGAGUCUGACGGAAACCCGGACACGUGUGUAGAGGUGAGCGUUUCGGAAGCGAUGGAGGUUGACGGCAAGAUGGAAGAUCCGCUACGGGACGAACGAGAGGAAGUGGCAGCUGCGGACAAGGAAAUGAACACUGAACCGAAGGAAGGCGAGGAGGUCGAGGAACGAGUUCAAGAAUCGGAUGAAGGCAAGGAAAAUGGGAAAAAUGACGGCGAAGAUGGGGUUUCUACGGAACCGACGGAGCACCCCCCACCCCCAGAAGAAGUUUCCGAACUGGAAUACCAGCACCACAGCGAGACGGACAACAGCCAGUCCAACGAGGAGGAAGACGACAAUUCUCAGUCGUCGCAGGACACCGCCCAGUCGCAGGAGGCCCCCGUCGACAACAGGAAUCCGGAGAACAUAAACCGGGCGAUCCUGGAGGACUGGGAGGACACGGAUUCGCAGCAGAGCGAGAAGCAGCGCGCCGCAAUGAAGCAGGCGGCGGAGAACGUUACUAAACUGAUGGACGACUGGGAGGAGGAGGACGACGAGGACGAUAAGAAGGACGGCGAUUAGUUGUAGAUACGUGAGUGCUUUUUAUACGUCUGCUUUGUUUUUUUUCGUAUUUUUAUAAUUAAUUGUUUGUACCGACGCGAAACGUUUUUUUUUACUAAUUUGAUAUUUUUGGGGGCGAGCGGGGGAGUAUUUCGUUCUGUGGGGGAGACCGGAGCCGAUAUUUGCAAUCGGUCAGUCGGAAGAGUAUUUGAAGUUAUUCUCGAACGAUUUCAGCCAGUUUUUGUGAAAACGGGGAAGAAAGUUUCGGAUCUUAUUUUUUUAAUUAAAAAUAUUCUCUCUUAAAAAACUUAGGCGUGGCAAUUAUGAAACACUGCCUUCUCCUCUACAGUUUUCUGCUCCGUCGACGUAAUUUCGUUUUCGUGACUAAAAUUCUGUUAUUUUUUUAUUAUUUUUCAAUAUUUUUAAUUGAAACUGUUGACCGCUUAUUUUUUUUUCCACGUUGAAAAACACCACCAUGAAAACUUUAUCCGGUAAAGGAAGCUGUACAUACUACAAAUUAUAUACUUACGCAUCAAAUUCAUGCUUUUUUAUGUUGGUAAUUUGUAUAUACAUUUUUUUAAGUUAUCAUGUGAGGAAUAUUCAUGUCAAAUAUGUAUAAUUAGUUAGGGUCUACAUAUACGUUUUAUGUUUGUGUAUUUCUAGAA